AUGGGCAGAAGCGGGGACGCACAGAAAGGAGUUUUUUUUUUUACAGCGUUUCUUACCACCGAAGUCUUCGGAUUAAAUUUAAGAAAUAAGAGACAAGCAGAAACAAAUAACAAUGACUUGGAAGACAGAUAUGGAUUUAUGUUACCGUCAUGGUAUCCAACGCGAUUGCCACCCCAGUUGCCGAUGCCCGAUAGAAGGUUUCCUGGCCAAAGGCCUAACUUCGGACAAUACCCUGAUCAAGGAUUUUACCCUGAUCCAAGUCUAUACCCUGGUCUAGGAAUGUAUCCCUACCCAGGACCGUUUCCUAAUCCCGGAAUGUUCCCCAAUCCACAACCUUUUCCUAACCCACAGUUUCCUGAUCAAAGACCAUUUCCCGGACAAGUAUAUCCCCCUGGACAAAACCCACUCCCUGGACAAGUACCUCUCCCUGGACAAGUACCUCUCCCUGGACAAAUACCUCUUCCCGGACAAAUCCCUCUCCCUGGACAAGUACCUCCUUCCGGACAAGGAACACCUCCUAAUGCGGGACAACAGAUGACAACUCAAAACCCAAUCAAUGGAACCACAACUCCGGCGGCGAGCGACCCAACUGUCGACGACUGCAUUACCAACUGCCCCGUGACCGCGGAGUACAACCCUGUGUGCGGCACAAACAAUGUCACGUAUCCUAACCCAGGUCGCUUGUACUGCGCUCAAGCUUGUGGAAUAAGUGUGAACCUAUUGCGGUCAUCACCGUGUCCGGCCAACAGUCGCUCCACCUACAUCGUGAUCUAGUCUUUUAUGUUACUUUGUAAAAAUAUCUCUACUUAUUUACAUAUGAUUUUGCUUUGAAUGCAAUAAAAAACUCGAUUUAAA